CCAGGCCUGUCGUACAGCCUCCUCCUUUGUCCCACCRGUGACUGGGGUAUCCCCAUAUGUAGCCCCAUCAUCGGUCGCGAUCGUUUCCCUGGGCAUGCCAUUGUCAGGAAGGUUAUCAGCAGGAUCUAGUUUACAGGUUCCUGUACAAACAGUGUUCACUCAAUCUCCGUUGCAGGUUGAGGUCACAACGCAGCCUGUACAGCUGCAGGGUACACAGCCCCAACAGCUAGCACAACAGCCUUUGUCACAGGGUCCACAGCCCGGAGUGAUGCAGGGAACGGGACAAAUACAGUGGGUACCAAAGAUGGCUAUCGCCGCUCCCAAACCCUUCACAAGGGAUAAGAGGGGCGAAGACCUCGACACGUGGUUGAGGGCAGUGCUAGUCUAUUUCAAGUUUAAGCUUACCUUGUCGCACGAGGAAGUGCUUGUGGCUGCAUCCUAUCUAGAGGGUAGUGCAGCACGAUGGUUGAGCGUUUUAGUGCAACUACAUGGGUACAGUCAUGACUUCCGCGCUUGGGCAGCCCACCAGAAACAGGAGGACUUCCUCAAGAUGGUGGAAGAAAGGUGGCAUGAUCCUCAGGACGCCCAAAUGGCCACUGAUGCGAUCUUGACACUGCACACGAGGCAGUUUAAGUCAAUAAGGGAGGCCACCGACGUUGUAGAGCGUCUGAUCUGUGUCCCUGGGGUGCGCUAUGACCCCCAGGUUUUAAUCACCCCCUACUUGAGAUGCUUUCCAAUGCCUCUCAGGAAUCAGUUGGCAGGUGAGGCCAACAUCAACGUUCACAACUUCCCCUCRUUYAGCAAGAAGSCCCUAGACCUUGAAGCGAAGAUAGGGCAUGGACAUAAUCCCACAACGGACGGUAGGAAGAAGACACURCCUCCUAACUGGAAGGCGAAGGGUCGCAUYAUCUUUGUCGAUAACGAUGGUUCAACYAUCGUAUUAGACGACAACUUCCAGGAAGRAGUAGGUUCAGAGGCAGGCAGYGUAGAAGCUUCAGAGGGUGGAUUAGUYGCUGUCGUAGCUCAGAAAAGUAAGGCGACCGGUAGACGCSGUGGAGGUUCCCGGUCUAGGAGUYAAGUUGACCCCAAUGCUCCUCCAUGGGAGCAAGCGGGUCUCACAGAGGACRCGUGGAGAGAUCGAUAUUCACGGCAGACCUGUAUUCGUUUUGGCCAAUAUGRCCAUAACCWAUUCAAGUGCCGCAACAAGAAGGUGACCGAUAAGAUCCCGCCUACGAUGGGGCAGGUUUUGGGAUCCUCCCAUCACGUUGGUAGCAACGUAGCUAGUACUUCUGGCAGUGCUYCGGGAAACACGCCUGGUGAGAGCCUAUCCAUGGACUUCAUGGAUACGCUGGUCACCWGCAAGAGUGGAAUGCGCUACAUCUACGUCAUUGUGGAUAGGUUUAGUAAGUUUGCUAGAUUAGUUGCAAUGCCGGCAACAGCUAAAACAGAGUACGUGAUUAAGAUGAUCAAAGAGAAUUGGGUUAGAGACUUUGGAUUACCUAAGUCCAUAGUUAGUGACAGGGAUGUCCGAUUUACGAGUGAGGUGUGGAAAGUAGCAGCCGCAGAGCAAGGCACGCAACUGCAGAUGACAUCAGGCAAUCAUCCUGAGGCAAACGGGGAAGCUGAACAAAUGAACUGCGUUGUACAACACCUGCUAAGGCAUUACAUCAAGCCAAAUCAGGCCAUGUUGGACGCAGCGGACGAGAGUGAGGAUCCGUUCUGUCAAAAACUUUACGAGGAUGCGAUACAGAGAGAGAGGGAAGCAAAAGCAAAAGCCAAAACCACAAGUAUUGUUGCCCAAGUGGCUCUCCUCGAGGUUCCGGAGUCUAGUGAUGCCCGGUUCAAAGAGAAGUUAGUUGCUGUCGUAGCAGCCUUGGUUCAACCGCGGACCUUGGAGGAUCUUGAGUCCCGUGUGACAGCUCUAGAGCAGCGGAACCCAGAGCUGCAGGCUGAGAUCGUCGGCCUCAAACAGGCACAACUGACUACCUCCGGUCCUCCUAAUCCUCGUCCUGCUGCAGUCCCACUCCCUCACCCUAACACAGUCCUCAUGCAAAGAGCAAGUGGAACUGUGACGAGCGGAGGAACCGGUGCCAACUCUUCAAGUGGCAGCGCCGGCAGUUCUGCGCUGGUCCCAGUCCCAAAUGCAGGAAUAUCAGCCCAAAACGCCGCAAUUCUUACUGGCGUACAAUACAGCGGUCCCAUAGUGGACAAGAGGGCGACCACGCUGCCGUCCAAGUACGACGGGAAGGGGGAUAUCACCUCUUGGAUCAGCUCCAUGCGCUCAUACUUCGAGGUACUGCGAAAACCGCAGGAAGAUCGAAGUAUGAUCAUGGGCACAAAUACUAAGCCCGCCGUACAAAGUUUCAUAGAACUCCAAGCUAUUAAUGCAGGUUAUGAAAGAAUUGACCUGACUGAGUGGUUGAAAGUAACUCCUGUGCGUACUCUUGAGGACCUCCUCAUUGUGCAUUAUCAAGAUAAGCACGCUGCGCUCAAGGCAAGGCUAAAGCUUGAGGCCCUCAAAGGUCAAAAUUGGAGGACUUCCAUGCAGGCUUUGGAACAACAUUUGACUGGACUGUUCACUACUCCAAACCUAGGAUUGACUGAUGUGUCUUGUAUGGAUGUAGUGAUGGGAGUGGCCCCUGAAGAUUAUGUCUCCCGGCUAGGACUCAAGGAGCAUUCGACUUGGCAUGAGCUCUUGACGGAUCUAGUCAACCUAGAAGCCAAGGACCUCACCAAGCGUGCGAAGACACCAGUUGCAGGUAAAACUUUGCGACGCAAGCGGUACGGAAGCAGCAACCAGCUUGCCCUGCAUGAACAUCGGGAGGCUGAGGAUCAGUCCUACGCUGAUGAUCUGUCUCUAGAUUAUGAUCCAGAGUCGGACUCCGAUAUGGGUUGUUCUACAUCAGCCCUUGAGUCUGACAUCAAUGAAGAUGAAAAAUGUAAUGCCUUUAAAAAGACUGCUUCAAGCAAGGGGCCUAACCGUGGUUCAGAUAUGGGAAAGGUGACUGAGGGAGGGAAUUCACAAGUCAUGGUCAUCAUGGAUAAUUUCUCCAAAUUUCUGAAUUUGAUUCCUUUACCUCCGCAUGCCUCAACUGAGCUUGUGAUCGAAGAAUUCCAUCAGCAGUACAUUCUGUAGUAUGGCCACCUAAAAACUAUUGUGAGUGAUCGGGACACCAGGUUCAUUAGUAAAGAUUGGAAGAAUUU